AUGGCUGCAUUGAACGAUAUUGAAGGACGACUUGCUUUGGUCACCGGCGCCUCAAGUGGGCUCGCCAGCCGGAGUGUCCAUCUUGCAUUAACCUAUGCGAAGAAUUCGGACGGCAUGAAUGCUGUUGUCAGAGACAUCAAAGAACUACCGUCGUCAUCCAAUCUCCACAUAUCUGUCCACCAAGUCGAUGUCGGACAAGCCGAACAGAUCAACCGGCUAUUCGUUGAGAUCCCGGCCGAACAUGGUGGCCGUUUGCCCGAUAUCCUUGUGUCCAACGCGGGAUACGGGGUAAAGAUACCUCAGAUAUGGGAUAUCUCGUUAGAGGAGUUUGACCAUACUAUCAACGUGAACCUACGAGCAUCAUUCAUCCUUGUCAAGGGCGUGGUAGAGCAUAUGAAAGCGCAGAAAUGGGGUCGGAUCCCCAUGGAGGAGGCGUUAAUGGGUGCCGUAUGUGGAUCUUCUCUAUCGUUUUUUGCAUCAACUAUUGCUAAUAGUGUUUUAUGCACGAUAGACUACGCCGCUUCUAAGGGGGGGAUGACGGGCAUGAUGAAGAACCUGGCAACUCGUCUGGCACAGUUCAAUAUAAGCGUGAAUGACGUCGCUCCGGCCAUGAUUGGAGAGACCGGAAUGAUCCCUGAUGCUCGAGCAAUCCCAGAGUUCGCUGGCAAUAUUCCACUAGGCCGACUUGGUACAGCAGAUGAGGUUGCCAAUGUUGUCGAAAUGUGCGUGACGACUGGGUAUUUGACUGGGCAGAGCAUCCUUCUGGCUGGAGGGCUGAAGUAG